CUAAUUAAAUGUGCUAGUUCCCCGUUCCUUUAGGCUUAUUAUAGAUUUAGAAGUUAAAAAAGUUAAAUUAGACUGGCAUAUGCAGUUAACGCAUUGUUUGUAGAAUUUUGACCCCUCUAAUGAAGUUACCUCCGGACCUCGAGCAGUGCAGUGUAUGAUAUGAUAUAUAGUGAGCAUAUUCAUGUCAAUCCAGCAUUAGUAUCUCCCAGAGUCAGUUGAUAUUAUACUAGCGGCUUCAUAGCCUCACUAUAACUGUACUGAUAAUAUUGCAUGUUAUAUUGUAUUGUUUAGAGAUCUCAUACCCAACUCACUAACCCUUCCAUGUUCUGUUUAGCCACCGCGGAUAACUGCAGUGAGGAUCCCGACUGUAAAUAAGCAAGUUGUCCUUGACGUGGACAUUAGGUAAGUAGUGUGCAUGAUCUUAUUUACUCGCGUCAUUCAUCCAGUCAUAUAAUAAUUUUAUAACUGGAGCUUGAGCUACAACCUGAGGAACUGAUAUAAUGUGUCUUUUUCUUGCAGUGCUGAAUUAGCUAUUAAGGCUGAAGUGGCUCUCUUCAAGCGUUUCUUAAAGGUUGGAGCCAGUCACAUUGAAGUGAGUGUGAGGCAUUAUUUAUGUACCCCCAAAUAUGUUCCCUUUUCUCCCCUACAUAUAAAUAAAUAUGCUUUCCUUUCUUUCAGUUACAUGGAACAGUACGAGUGAUACUGGCACCGCUGGUGAAUGAUAUGCCACCUUUUGGAGCGGUGACCUGGUAUCUGCCAGACCGACCGGUAAGUUAAUAAAAACACAAUUUAGAGACAAUUGGGACAAAUAUUGCUGUACAAUUAUUAUAUAAUAGGUAAUUAUUCUGGGGUGCAGGGCUGGUAACCAGGCACUGAGGGGCAAUCAUUAGCUGUUAUUGCAGUCGAUCAGACCCCACAAUUAAUAGAAAAGGAAAGUUCAGGGGAAUGGCUCUUUCUGUCCAGUUCUCAUUUACUGAGCUGAGAUUUAUUUUUUGCAGGCUGUGAAAAUAAGAUGGACUGGAAUCCUGUCGCGAAUUCCUGGAGUAAAGUAAGUGCUUCUAUCCAGUGUUGGUGUUUUAUUUUCCAUGUUUCCCCUAUAGAAAGGACUUAUUUUAUUAAUAUAUUAUGUUCUGUUGCAGGAAAUUACUCAACAAAGCGGCUAUCAAAUAUGUGGAUUACUAUUUCGUCGCGCCAGCCCACACAUCAGUUAAAUUAUGGAAAGAAGUUGAUGUGGAUGUUUUGCACUUUAAAGUGCCCAAGAAUGUGAUUCGUGUUCAUGUACUUGAGGCGGAAGAUUUAGCCCCACAUGGUAUCAGAAAGAUGUUCCGACCCUACGUGGUUAUAAGUGGCGCAGGCAAGAAAGCACAGACGAGAUUAGCGAAGAGGAAUCAGCAACCAGCUUGGAACCAAGCAUAUGAGAUGAUAUUUACUGAUCUGCCCCAUCAGAAGAUCAAAUUUGACGUAUUUUAUCGCGAACUGGGAAUAUCGAAAAUUUAUGGCAGGUGAGUACAUCUUUUUAAG